AUGUGCAUAUGCCAUCAUUGCUGCCAAGGGAUAGACAUAGAUAUUAUUAUAUCUGUCCUGUGAUUAGAUUCUUGUGCUGGUUUUGAAGAUCCUUGCCUUUUUUCGUAGUUUGAUGGCGGCAAGUCCAGAUCGUACCCCUGGUGUGCACGCGUGGAUUUGUGCUCACAUGUUUAUAGCGUCAAGUUUUCCUAUGCCCAAAUUUAGCUUUGGGUUGUCAAUAAUUUGUACUUCCUGUGUUUUUAAGACUCUACUAUGUCACUGAGCUUACUGAUCAUGGAUGCAGAAGAGAAACCUUCUCAACCUGAUAACAAUAAUGAACAGCCUCAUCCAAUAAAGAAUGAGAUUGCAGUUGCUCCUAACAGUUCUCAGGAUGCUGCCACAGUAGUCCAUCCAAGGGAUGCUGCAGGUCUAACAGGUUCAUUUGCUUCAAGUGGAGAUCGCUCUGUUUACCCACCUAACGUCUAUGCUCCUCAGGCCCAGCCCUUCUACUAUCGAGGUUAUGACAGUGCAAGUGGUGAAUGGGAUGAAUAUCCUCCAUAUGUCAAUGCUGAGGGAAUGGAAAUCGGAUCUCCUGGUGUCUACAAUGACAACCCUUCUCUGCUGUUCCAUUCUGGAUAUGGAUACAACCCGCAAAUGCCAUAUGGACCAUAUUCCCCAGUCACAACACCGUUGCCUUCUGUAGGUGGAGAUGCACAGUUAUACUCCCCCCAGCAGUUUCCAUUCUCUGGGCCACCUUAUUACCAGCAGUUAGUCCCACCUAGCAUGCCAUAUUCACCAACACCAGUUUCACAGCCAGAGCUCACCGUUGACCAACAAGGUGAUGGUAUGCUUUUUGGACAAAGGCCUGGUUUUCCACCUGCGGGAUCCUUCAGCAGAGGCAGUUUUCCUGGUGGCCUAGGUUUUCAUGAUUCUCUGCAAGGGAUUGAAGGAGUAAGAUCUGGAGGAAUUUGGUCAGAUUGGUCUAAACCUUCAGACAGGCAGAGGUCUUUUAUGCCUUUCUCACCAGCUGUAUCUCCACAGCCUGUUGGUUCACUUGGGUCAUUUGGACAGAAUGUUGGAAUGGCUUCUCAACAGCAAAAACCAUUGUAUGGGUAUGGCUCUGGUUUGAACCCCUAUAACCGAGGCUAUCUGCCUAGUGGUUUCAAUCAGGGGUCAAGCUUUGGAAGUGCGUCCAUUUCCAGUUUGGGAUCGAAUGGUCGGAGCUGGCUUUCAAUGGAGAAUAGCAAAAGACACCUCAGGGAAAGUGGUUCUCUGUGCAGUUGUAAUGGUACUCCUGACAUCCUCAGUGAGCAGAACCGAGGACCAAGAGCCUCAAAGCCAAAGAGUCAAACCAUAGCUGACACUAAUCCUUCCGUUGAAAAUAAUAAGCGUAGCUCUUCUACUGCCAAGAUCCCUGAUGAUUCACUCAACCGACCAGAUUUUGUCACAGAGUACAAUGAUGCUAAGUUCUUCAUCAUAAAAUCUUACAGUGAGGAUAAUGUUCAUAAGAGUAUCAAAUAUGGUGUCUGGGCCAGCACACCAAAUGGGAAUAGAAAAUUAGAUGCUGCUUAUCGUGAAGCUCAGGAGAAGCAAGAUACUUGCCCAAUCUUUCUAUUCUUUUCGGUGAAUGCCAGUGCUCAGUUUUGUGGGGUGGCUGAAAUGUUUGGACCUGUUGAUUUUGACAAGAGUGUGGAUUAUUGGCAGCAAGAUAAAUGGAGUGGGCAAUUUCCUGUGAAGUGGCAUAUGAUCAAAGAUGUCCCAAACAGUCAGUUCCGUCACAUUGUACUUGAAAAUAAUGACAACAAGCCUGUAACUAACAGUCGGGACACACAGGAGGUGAAGUUGGAGCAGGGUAUUGAGAUGUUGAACAUUUUCAAGAAUUAUGAAACGGAUAUGUCCAUUCUAGAUGAUUUUGAUUUUUAUGAGGAGAGGCAGAAAGCCAUGAAAGAAAGGAAAGCUCGACAACAAGCGGGUCUGAUGACUGUUGGAGUAGUUGGAGACAGUGAACACAGAAAUGCUGUUACACUAUCGGGUGAUUUCAUCAAGCAGAUGUCAAAGAGUUUUGCUCAAGUCGUUUGCAUGGACGAGGGUAGCAAAGAGGUAACAACUCUUGCGGAAAGAGCUAAUUCUGCCUCAGAUGGCUCAAUGGGUGCCAGAGUCAAACUUGAAGAUUCUAUUACAGCAGCUGUCUCUCCAACUCAUACCAGUUAGGAGGACAUGUCAAUGCUGGGAGCUUUUUGCAGGCUUGCUUGCUGUACCGUAUGUGAUUACAAACUCGGUUACUACUCUUUUUGAGGACCAAUAUUAUAUAUUUGUUAGAACAUAAGGUUUGCCAGUAUUUAAAUGAAAAGGUCUCAGAUUUUACGAAGCC